ACAGACCUAACUCAUCUACUUCGAAAUUCCAAUUCACUCCACAUCCGUUCUUCGCCAAAUAUGGAAACACCAUCAGCGGCGGUCACCUCCGCCGGCGGCGUCCACCGAAACAAACCCCACUUCGUCCUACUCUCCAGCCCCGGCACCGGCCAUCUCAUCCCCAUCCUCGAGCUCGGCAAGCGCCUCGUCACCCACCACGACGCCGCCGUCACAAUCUUUGUGGUCUCCUCCCACUCCUCCCAGGCGGAAACCGAACUGACAACCGAUGCGGCGGGGCCGGGCGGUGGAGAACUUUUCAACGUGGUGAAAAUCCCGCCGCCUGAUGACCUCUCCGCCGCGAUCGACCCAGCGGCGACGAUGGUCACGCGCCUCUUCCUCGUCAUGAGGGAAGUCAGGCCCACGAUCCGGUCGGGCCUGCUCUCCCUCCCGGUCAGACCGGCCGGUCUGAUCGUAGACCUGUUCGGGACCGAGUCAUUUGAGAUCGCUGCGGAGCUGGGAAUGGCGAAAUACCUGUUGAGUACUUCGAACGCGUGGUUCACAGCCCUCGCAAUCCACUCGCCGGUGUUGGAUGGAGAAGUCGAAGGUGAGUACGUCGAUCAGAAGGAGCCGCUCGAAAUCCCCGGGUGUCGUUCGAUUCGGCCGGACGAAGUGGUCGACCCGAUGCUGGACCGGAAGAACCGGCAGUACUUGGAGUACAUACGGACGGGGCUCGAGUUCCGAAAGGCGGACGGCAUUUUGAUAAACACGUGGGAGGAUCUGGAGCCCACCACCCUCUCCGCACUCAGAAAUGACGAGUUCUUCGGCCGCAGGGUCAUCGAGGGAGACGUUCUGGGCAUUGGUCCCUUGGUUCGACCAGUCGAACCCAACCACUCAACUCAAACCAUCAACGAGCCGCUGUUCUCUUGGCUGGACAAGCAACCCAACGCGUCCGUGGUCUACGUCUGUUUCGGUAGCGGCGGGACCCUCUCCAUCGAACAACAAACCGAGCUAGCUUGGGGACUGGAACUUAGCAAGCAACGAUUCAUCUGGGUGGUGCGUCAGCCCACCGCGGAGUCGAGAUACUCGGCCUUCUUCACCUCCGGAAACUCCGGCACCGAUGACGGCGGUGCAACGGCAGAACUAGGAUUAGGCUCUAUCACAGGACACAGCUACGGCCUCCCAGAUGGAUUCCUGGAGCGGACGCGACACGUGGGGUUUGUGGUCCCGGACUGGGCCCCGCAGGCGGAAAUUCUUGGCCACGUGGCGGUGGGAGGGUUCCUGUGCCACGGCGGGUGGAACUCGGCGCUGGAGAGCGUACGGAGCGGGGUGCCGAUGAUGGUGUGGCCCUUGUACGCGGAGCAGAGGCUGAACGCAACGCUGCUGGCGGAGGAGCUUCGACUGGCGGCGAGGACCGAAACGGCGCCGUGGAGAGGAGUGGUGGGGAGGGAAGAGGUGGAGGGGAUGGUUCGGGAGGUGAUGACGGGAGAGAAAGGGGAAGGGAUCAGGGAGAGAGUGAAGGUGGCUCAGAGGAGCGGCGAGAUGGCGGUGGAACGGGGCUCUGGCUCGUCUUACACAGCUUUGGACAUGGUGGUUAGUAAAUUCCGUCGCGGUACUGCGUAA